ACUACGCACUAAGGCCACUAAGCCAAGACAGGCAACGCUCGCCAUCGUGACACUGUAAACAACGGCAACUCCAAUUAUCGUACUCGUUAAAUAUUUGCUCGAUUGUACACUAAAAUUACUUUGAGUACAGUUACUUUUCGAGUAAUAUCGAAGUACUCACGUACGAUAAACUAGUUUUAUACCACCAUGGCUGGAGCUGAAUAUUUGGCUCAGAUUUACGGUACAGAGAAAGACAAGGUCAACUGCUCGUUCUACUUUAAAAUUGGGGCAUGCCGACACGGAGAUCGUUGUUCUCGAAAUCAUAAUAAACCAAGUUUCAGCCAGACUUGCGUACUGCAAAAUCUUUAUGUUAAUCCGCAAAAUUCAGCAAAAAGUGCAGAUGGCUCUCACUUGGUCGCCAAUGUUUCUGACGAAGAAAUGCAAGCCCACUACGAUAAUUUUUUCGAGGAUGUGUUCGUAGAGUGUGAAGAUAAAUAUGGUGAAAUUGAGGAGAUGAAUGUUUGUGACAAUUUGGGAGAUCACCUUGUUGGAAACGUGUAUAUCAAAUUUAGGCGAGAGGAAGAUGCUGAGAAGGCUAUGAACGAAAUGAAUAACAGAUGGUUUGGAGGUAGGCCUGUUCAUGCUGAACUGUCGCCUGUAACUGACUUUAGAGAAGCGUGCUGUCGUCAAUAUGAACAAGGAGAAUGCACGCGCAGUGGAUUUUGCAACUUUAUGCACUUGAAGCCCAUUUCCCGUGAUCUUCGUCGUUAUUUGUACAGCCGUAAUAAAGGAGGUAGUAGAAGAUCUAGAUCUCGUUCAAGGUCUCCAAAACGUUCUCGUAGAGGCAAAUCACGUGACCGUCGGUCUAGAUCCAAGGAUCGUCGUAAGGGACGAGAUAGCCGCUCUGGACGCUAUUAAAGCUCAAAAUAUAAACGCCAAUGAAUCCGAUUUUGUUAGAAUAACGAAGACAGUUAAAUACCAUUUCAGAAUAAUUAUUUGAUUUUAACAAUUUAUUUUGAUUAAAUGCCCAUUGAUAAUGUUACAAAGGAUCUUUGUAUUAAAACCACAUUAUGAUAAGAAAUAAAAAUAUAUUAACAUGAAAGAA